GACAGACGCACGCGCGCGCCUUUAUCCUCAUCGCAGCCGUAACUCUUCUCUUCACUUAUUUAUUUAAUUAUUUAAUUAUUUAAUUAAUUAUUUAAUUAUUUAUUUAUUUCUGUAGUUCAUUGUUGUGACUCGGUCCGACCCGAGCGCGCGCGCCCCUGACGCGUCUGGAUGCCGUGCGCGCGCUCUCCCUCUCCGGCGCGACAGCAGACGGCGGUGAUGUAGACGUCUCUCUCUCUCUCUCUCUCUCUCUCUCUCUCUCUUUUCUUUCUUUGCGUUUUUCUGUUGAAUUGAUUCUCGUGCUCGCGCUGCGCCCCUCCCUGCCCGCCGCUUUGGACUGUUCCGGGGUGUGUUUCUGUGUGAAAGAGUGUGUGUGUGUGUGUGUGUGAUGUUUUGGGAGCGAUAGAGGGAUCACACACAGACACGCGCAGACACAAACACACACGCACGCACGCACGCACGCAGACGCAGGCGCUCUGAAGGGAAGAAAGGGAAGAAAAAAAGGAGAUUAAAAGUGAUGAUGUGGGAUCUGACUGUGAGGAGAGGAGGAAUGCAUCGCGCGCGCUUUGUGCUCUUCACUCUCAUGCUGUCUGGGUUUGGUCAUGUGAUGGGAAGGACACUGAGGUACCGCGUGCAGGAGGAGCAGGAGCCGGGCACCGUGAUCGGCUCCCUGAUGGAGGACGCCCGUGACGUGCUGGCUCACCUGCCCAGCUCGGUGCAGUUACGUUUCCGGGCGGUGCAGCGCGGCGGGGCGAGCGCCCUCUCCAUACGUGAGCGCGACGGCGAGAUCAGCGUGAAAGGCCGUCUGGAUCGCGAGAAGUUGUGCGACCGAAACCCGAACUGCUCCGUGGAGUUUGAUGUGCUGACCCUGCCCACUGAACACCUGCAGCUCUUCCACGUGCAGGUAGAGAUACUGGAUGUGAACGACCACGCUCCUCGGUUUCCACGUGCCGUCAUCCCUCUGGAGAUCUCCGAGACCGCCGCCGUAGGGACACGAGUCCCACUGGACAUCGCCGCUGACCCGGACGUCGGUGAGAAUGCUCUGAGCACCUACACUCUGAGCGCAUCUGACACAUUUGGGAUCGACGUCCUCACCGGAACCAACGGCGCCAAGUACGCCGAGCUAUUGGUGCUAAAGGAACUCGAUCGCGAGAGGCGCUCAAGCUACGAGCUACGACUUACAGCGUCCGAUGCCGGGUCACCUCCCAGGACAGGAACCACAGUUCUGAAGAUCACAAUCGCCGAUUCAAACGAUAACAAUCCUGUUUUCGCAGAACCGUCAUACACCAUCGAGCUCCCGGAGGACGCGGCACCAGGUGUCUUGCUGGUGGAUCUGAACGCUACGGAUGCAGACGAAGGCACGAACGCGAAGAUCGUCUACUCCUUUAGCAGCCACGUCUCUCCAAAAGUAAUAGAAACAUUCCGGAUCGAUCCGGACACUGGCCACCUGACCCUGCUUAGGAAGGUGGACUUUGAGACAGACGAUUUAUAUGAUGUGGACGUACAGGCGCAAGACUCAGGGCCAAACUCGAUGCCAGCACACUGCAAAAUCACAAUCAAGGUAAAGGACGUUAACGACAACAAGCCAGAUGUUAGCUUGAGCCUGAUGGGGAACGACGAGGAAGCAGCGUCUGUCUUGGAAUUAGCACCCGUCGACACGUUUGUAGCGCUUGUACGUGUGGACGACGCAGACUCGGGUUUAAACGGCGAGGUCAUGUGUCGACUUGCUCGCGAAGGCCACUUUCGGCUGCAGAAGACGCACGAGAAGAACUACGUAAUUCUUACGAAUGCCACUUUAGACCGGGAGACUCGCUCGGAAUACGGCCUCACGAUAAUCGCAGAGGACCGUGGAACUCCAAGUCUGUCCACUGUGAGACACUUCACGGUUCGCGUGCAAGAUGAGAACGAUAACGCGCCUCAUUUUGACAAGAACCGCUAUGACGUUUUUAAGGAUGAGAACAACUCACCUGGCGCUUACCUCGCCACAGUGCACGCCACGGACCCGGACUUAGGCAGUAAUGGUCACGUGAGCUAUUCUGUCUUGGAGAGCACUGUGCACGGAAGCUCCAUUUCUACUUACGUCACCGUGGAUCCAUCAAGUGGUGCCAUUUAUGCCUUGCGCACCUUUGACUACGAGGAAAUUAGCCAUAUAAGCUUCAUGGUUCAAGCACGUGACUAUGGCAACCCGUCACUAAGCAGCAACGUGACUGUUGUCUUGAACGUCCUUGACGUGAACGACAAUCGCCCAGUGAUUGUAGCACCUCCACUUCGAAAUCACACCACUGAGUUGCCUGUUUCCAAAUAUUCUGACUACGGCGAUCUCAUAACCACGAUCACGGCUACAGAUCGUGACUCAGGCAUUAACGGUGACAUCUCUUGCACCAUCAUGGCCGGAAACGACGCUGGUUACUUCUACAUGGACAGCCGCACGUGCGAAAUGCGUGCUAAUGUAAGCUUGCGUGACGUCCCGACCAAUCACAUUGAGCUCAUGAUCCUGGUCCAGGAUCACGGCAGCGAACCCCAAGAAACCAGGGCUAUGCUGCGCCUGACACUCCUGGAGAACCCUGAGAACCUCGCUGACCCUCUGGCAACAGGAGGUGGUGGCAAAGAGAACGUCCUUGAUGCCUCCACCAUCAUCAUCAUCUCAUUGGGCGCUAUCUGCGGUCUGCUGAUCAUCAUCAUGGCGGCACUAGCUCUGCGCUGUUCGCGUGACAAGAACGACACGCGGUCGUACAACUGCCGCGUUGCGGAAUCCACCUAUCAGCAGCGGCCGAGAAAACCGUCACGCCAGAUCCACAAAGGUGACAUCACACUCGUACCGACGGUCAACGGUGCGCUGCCUAUCCAUCACCACUCACCCACCACCACGGUGCCGAUCCACCACAGCCACCAAUCGUUGAACAGCAUCGUCACCGUGACGUCCAAUCAGAUCCCGGAAAGCUUCGUCCUCGAGCUGACGCAUGCCACGCCCCCUGUGGAGCAAGUUUCACAGCUGCUCUCCCUACUCCAUCAGGGUCAGUAUCAGCCUCGGCCCAGCUUCAGAGGAAACAAACACUCUCGCAGCUUCAGAUACACACUACCAGACUUGGAUAAGUUCAGUCUGAAGGACAGUGGGCGGGGCGACAGCGACAGUGACGGCGAACUCGGUCGUGAUUCGCCAAUCGACCGGUUGCUAGGCGACGGAUUCAGCGAGCUCUUCCACCUCGACACACACAGCAGAGUCCAUUCAGGGAUGAAGCUGUGUACGGAGGAGUGUCGCGUCCUCGGUCACUCUGAUCAGUGCUGGAUGCCGUCGUUCUCGUCGUUCUCCACUGAGGACGAGCGCCGCAGUUUCUCCACCUUCGGGAAAGACGCCACCGAGGAAGAGGAGGAGGACGAUGGAGGGGAAAAGUCUCUGCUCUCCGACAUUAACUCCGUCUUCCACCGACUCGCCCCUCCUCCUCCUCCUCCUCCUCCUCCUCUUCCUCCUCAUGCCGAGCCUGUCGACCUCGGCGAAGGCCCCGCCCACGGCGGCGCCGCCAACGAAAACAGGAAGUGCUUCCUUCCAGGAAACUCGCACUUCCAGAAUGCGGCUAAUCACGCGUUGAAUUCCAAAUGGCUCCCGGCGAUGGAGGAGAUCCCCGAGAACUACGAGGAGGACGAGACGGAGAGCGCCAUGGGGCUGCGCAAACGCACCGAGGACGAGUUCGCCGCCGAGAUCAACAAACUGCUCCUGGACGUCCAUCAGAGCUAACCGCUAACGCCGACCCAAACGCGGGACUGGACCGAAACCCCCGACCCCGCCCCGCCCCGCCCUGCCCCGCCCCCUCCCUCUCUCUAUCACUCCGCCUGUGCGCUCCAAUCCUCCUUCACUUCCCCUGGAUCCCGUUUCAUACUCGUCAUCCUAAGGGCUGUGUAGCUGUAAGCUCGAGUGAAGUGCACUAGACUUAGGGGUCGACCUCGCCGUACACGUGAGGCUCAGUGUUAUUUAUUUACCCAGAAUGCACUGCUGCACCAAGCUGUUCAACCAGAGCAAUAACCAACUGUGAAACCAUUAGCGCUAGUCAGUGGAGCUGUGCUAGCUAGAUUAGCACGCUGGUUAGUGGACACGUGUAGCGUUUAUACGUUGGCUGUAAUUAAUCGAGUGUGUGUGUGUGUGUGUGUGUGUGUGUGUGUGUGUGUGUGUGUGUGUGUGUGUGAGACGUGCUGAUUGUGUGCACGUCAGGGAAGUGGUCAGGGAUUGGAGCGCAGCCGGCUGAAAUAAUCACAGAGAGAGACAGAGAGACAGAGAGACGUGUCUCACGCCUCCAUCACGUGACUGUGUUUUAGUGAUUAAUGUGAUUCAGACUCGAGGGUGACUUUCACUCGUCUCUUUACUUUAACACAUUUUUAUUACGCCCAUGUGAACACACGUGACUGUAAACCGCCUUUAUAAUCCGACACUGUUGUUUUUUAACUCUAUAUUUAUAAGUGUGUGUGUGUGUGUGUGUGUGUGUGUGUGUGCGCGCGCAUGUGUUUGUACAGAAAAGUCUAUUUUUUAUACUUUAAUGCAUGUACAACUGAAAAUACACGCAAGUUUUGUUUAUGUACAAAUUAAUAAAAAAAAACCUGAUUAGC